CAACAAUCAUCGCCUCCAUUGCCUGAGACGACUUGCUGCCUCGCGUUCCUUACGUUCAAAUGCCCGCUAGAGGCCAACCCAGAGCAGCUCUUGACUGGGGCGCGGGCCUCCCUUCCGCUGGACAACGCUGCUGAACGGAAGAAUGACGAGAUUGAUGCCUGCAAUGCCAGGCGCCGCACCCUUGCGGUCUCAGGCAUCCAUGCUUGACCACAACGGAAUCGGCGUGCUUUCUCCAUCGACACACGCGCCAAUGAGAGACGGAUGCGCUUUUGUCAAGCCGACACUGUCGAGGGCCUCCUCACCUUCCGCCAGCACGCUUCCGUCUUGACUCGACUGUCCACAACCAUCUCACCUCGAAUUCUAUGUCGUGAGGCCCGUAUCAUGCUUCUCGAUCAAUCAAAAGGCCUUGAACUAUUGCUCUUCGCUCUCAGAUAGCACCGAAACGCCUUUUUCCCACCUGCUCGACGUUAAUCACUCAGAAGAGCAUCUUUACUACGCAAGACCUGAAGAAUGCCCAAGGGCACGACGUCACCGCGUCGCCUCUCGAGGGCCCGCCAACCUCCACCUCCCUCACACACCAAUUCUGUCUCCUCAAACUCCUCCAACCGCGCCGAACGAAAUACGCGAUCUAAUCAGAAAGCUUCAUCACCACAGAAGUCGUCCACACCGCAGUCAUUCACGUCAGAGGAUGCCGGCGAGGAGGCAGGUGUCGCACCUCGUGGUGGCACCAGCGAACCACCUCAGCUGCGACGAAGCAAGAGGCAACACGAUAAUGACGAUGACGGUGACACAAAGACUGAAGACGCAAUCGAAGACGAGAUUGUAGACGAUGAGGAGACAACGAGAUGUAUUUGCGGCUUCCAAGAGUAUCCAGGUCGCCCAGCCGACCCUACCCUUGGCCGCAGUGCGAGGGGACCACAUGGCUCUAGCCAGGACGACCAGACCGAUGAUCUAGGUGGCUUGUUCAUCCAAUGCGAUGAUUGCCAAGUGUGGCAGCAUGGUGGAUGUGUGAGCAUAAUGGAGGAGUCGGCUGUGCCAGAUAAUUAUUACUGUGAGCAGUGUAAGCCGGAACUCCACGAACUUCUGAAGGCUACGGAUGGACAAAAAUUCUCGCACUACCUUCCUGUAUGGUCGAAAUCACAUCCAAAAUCGCUUAGGAAAGGAUCGGUCGAAAAGGAUGACAAGGCAAAACUUCUAAAAGAGAAGGAACGGGUAACACGGCCACCCGAAACCAAGCGUCGGGCCACCAUGAACAGUCGAGCAGCCUAUGACGAGGACGAGGUUCUCCGUAAGGUACUAGAAGAGAGCAAAAACGAAGGCCAGCCCAGCGCAGAGAAUGGUAGCAGAAAGGGAAAGCGGAACAGAGACGACAGCGAAGAUGUCCGCUCUGAGACCAAGCGACAGCGGACAGCGAGCUCAGUCCUCUCCUCCCGCUCAGGAGAUGAUUCAGGAGCGGAGUCCGACCAGGAUAAGAACGGGAAGAAGUCAACUAAGGGAGCUGCUGUUAAGGGAGGAACAAAGGUAGAUAAGUUAACAGCAGCAGAGCCCGUCGUAAAGCGCCGAGGGGGGCGUCGCAACGGCGGUGAUGUUGUCGGUGAGCAACAGCCAUCUACUAGUACCUGGACAUGCCAUUGCGGACUCUGGACCUGCCUAUGUGGGCCGUCACUAAGAGAUGCUGUAGUUGAACCACCAUCGCUAGCCGAUGGAACUGAAGCAGAGUCUUCGGCUGCGCCAUCAGCCAGAGCUUCUGCGAAAGCUUCACCAGCUGCUGAUGCAGACACUCCUGAAACACCUAACCUGCUUCCUAACUCGGCCACUUCGGCCGUUGCGUCGACGAGCAAAAGAGGGGGAAAGCGGCCAGGUGCGGGCAGAGGACGAAGUAAUCCCGCACCCCCGACACCAAGCGAAAAAGAUGAGAAGGAAAGCCCCAGGAAUGGAAAUGAGGGCGGUAACACACCGAUACCAAGUGUCAUGAUCAAUGGCGCAACUUCGAAACGCGGGAAACGUGGACAUCAACCAAAGGACCACGAUUCUGGCGACAGUGACAAGGACGCCAUUGCAGCAUCCUCGACGAACGGUAACGCGGCUCCGACAGGAAGCGAUGCAGAUAUUGCGGCCGACUCUCAUAGUAACUCACACGUACAAUCAAGCAAUGGAUCGGGUAGUAAGAAAAAGGAGCCGAGUAUGAACGAACUGAAGAGACGGGCAGCGGCUAUGUUGGACUGGGUGGAGAGAGCGAAAGAAGACCUCGGAAAGAAUAGUAUUGUGGCUCCCUCAUCCUCAGGUAUGAGUCCACUUGGCGCGGGUAGCAUGAGCCCCUUAGGCGCUGGGGUAAAUCCCAUCAUAAAGAGCGAGCUGGGCAGCGUGGCGGACAUGCUGCAGAGCCGGUUACUUGGGUGGCAGGUUGAGUAUGGCACAUGAGGGUAUAGGGAUGUGAUAUUAUGAUCAUGACCGCUUCAUUUUGGGAGGGAAGUUUGUUCGUGGCAGGAAACGGCGCGCUUGCGAAGCGUACAGUUCUCCUUUUCUUUUCGCUUCUUCUUGUUCUUCUUCUUCUUCUUCUACUACCUUUAUUAUUACUUGAUCUUUUUUCUAUUGAUCAGACAUGGGGCAUGGGCAUAAUGAAGCAUUUCGUGCACGACACAUUCUUCAUCAAGAGACAUGGGCUAGAUUAACGAGGCAGGAAACCAACCCCCCCC